UUUCUAUUCGUUUCAUCUGAAAACUAACUCAACGCUGUCCGGCACGGUGACCGCACUCAAAACAAAAAAACUCAGUCUUUGAUUUGCCUGAGUAAAAAAGCUACAUCAAAUUCAGGUCUUUUUUUAAUGCAGCUUUCAAGAAAAUGUUAAAGAAUAGCAACCCCACAGCUGUGCAGCAGCAAUAUGAACAAGCACCACCACCCUAUGAGGAGGAAUCCAGCAGGCCAUUUUUACCUGAUACUGAGGAAGUAGGCGAAGAUAUUUUUAAGGAAACAGUUGCAAACAGUAGCAUCGAGAUUAGAAUGCAGUUUGUACGUAAAGUGUAUUCCAUUUUAACAGCUCAAAUUUUGGGAACUAUCAUAAUGUCAGUCGUCUACAUAUCUAAUGAAGGGGUCAAAACUUGGGUACAAACAAACCCAUGGAUGGUUUUUGUUUCCAUGUUUGGAUCCUUAGGUGUACUUUUUGCACUUAUGUGGAAAGCGAGGUCGACUCCUUUAAACUUUUACCUUUUAGGUUUAUUCACGUUAUUGGAAAGUCAUAUGGUUGGCACAAUAGUUACAUUCUAUGAUCAGGCAAUAGUAGUUCAAGCAUUGGGGAUUACGUUUGUUGUGUUCCUUGCACUCACAAUCUUUACUUUCCAGUCGAAAUGGGAUUUCAGCGGACUAGGUCCUAUUUUGUUUGCUGGCAUUUGGAUUCUCCUAAUAGCAGGCAUUCUGCUUCCAUUUGUUGGCGACGUUGAAUUACCUCUCGCAAUUGCUGGUGUAAUAAUUUUUUCUGGUUACAUUAUUUUUGAUACCUAUUUGAUUUUCAAUCGCUACUCACCCGAGGACUAUAUCAUGGCAUCGACUAGUUUGUACCUUGAUAUGAUUAAUUUGUUCCUUCGUAUUCUUCAGAUCUUGAAUGCUAGUCAAAGAGAUUAAUUAAAAACAUUAAAAGCAUAAGAUACCAAAAUGAAAUGGUUUUAUUACAAUUAGUUU